GGACGAGUGUUCUUGGGUUCCUGAAGUGUGUGGUCCAAAUGCAAACUGCAGUAAUUCUAAUGGAAGCUACAGCUGCACAUGUCUGAAUGGAUAUACUGUGACCAACUCAAACCAGUCUAUCAGUAUCAGCAACCCAUGCAUUGAUGUGGACGAGUGUUCUUGGGUUCCUGAAGUGUGUGGUCCAAAUGCAAACUGCAGUAACUCUAAUGGAAGCUACAGCUGCACAUGUCUGAAUGGAUAUAAUGUAACAGAUUUAAAUUAUUUUCCCAACAACAGCAACCCGUGCAGAGAUGUGGACGAGUGUUCUUGGGUUCCUGAAGUGUGUGGUCCAAAUGCAAACUGCAGUAAUUCUAAUGGAAGCUACAGCUGCACAUGUCUGAAUGGAUAUAAUGUGACCAACUCAAACCAGUCUAUCAGUAUCAGCAACCCAUGCACAGAUAUGGACGAAUGUACUGAGACUCCUGAAGUGUGUGGUCCAAAUGCAAACUGCAGUAAUUCUAAUGGAAGCUACAGCUGCACAUGUCUAAGUGGAUAUAAUGUGACCAACUCAAACCAGUCUAUCAGUAUCAGCAACCCAUGCACAGAUGUGAAUGAAUGUACUGAGACUCCAGGAGUGUGUGGUCCAAAUGCAAACUGCAUUAAUUCUAAUGGAAGCUACAGCUGCACAUGCCAGAAUGGAUACACUGUGACCAACUCAAACCAGCCUAUCAAUAUCAGCAACCCAUGCACAGCAAUCACUUCGGCUCCACCAACCACAGUCCCAACCCCGACCCCAACCAAACAAGCAAUCACUUCGGCUCCACCAACCACAGUCCCAACCCCGACCCCAACCAAACAAGACACCUUGAAAAGCAUGGCACUAACAGUAGACACUGAAUUUGUACUUGAUCUCACUGAUUCAUCAACUCCAGUGUUUAAAGAUACUCAAGCAAAGUUUAAGAAGAUGAUUGACGCAAGCUUCCAAAAUGUGAAAGGCUUCAUAAGUAACUCAGCAGAGGUGACUAAAUUCAGACGUGGCAGUGUGAUUGCAGAUUUCACUAUUAAAACCACAGGUGAAACAAUUGAUUUUACAGAAGCUAAUAAACAACUCACAACGAAUUUCCAAACUAAUGGAUUUACUGUAAAGGGUGUCAUUCAAAGUGAUGAGGUUGUACUAUACAAUCAGCCCAUAUAUCCAUUGCAAACAGCGGAACUGACCUGUGGAAUUGUAGCGUCAAUAACAUGGACCAAGAAUGGGAUUCCUCUUUCAAAUCAAAAUAAUAAAUAUGAAAUCAGUGGAAAAAAACUCACUCUGUUAAAUGCAGGAUCUUCGGACAGUGGUAGAUAUGCAUGCAGUGGGUCUGUUGAUGGAAUAACCUAUGAGAACUGGCAGCAAAUUCAAAUUAAGCCAAUUCCAAAUAUCCAAGCAACCAACACCAUGACAUUAAAAUGUGACGGCGUGCCAGUCACACUGCAGUGCUGUGAAGAUAAUGGUCUUGAACUGGAAUGGUCUCCAGACAGCCCCUCGUCUUGUAAAAUAAAAGGAGCACGAUGCAUUACAUGCCAAUAUGCCAUUCAGAAAGACAACUGUCUGGGAACUAAAGCAACAUGUCAACUCAGCUUAACAGCACUGAGGGGUUUUAGUUACAGCUCAAAGACCAUCCAGAUAAACAUCAUUCAAAAUGUUCCUGAUUGUUAUGACACAACAUAUGGAGCUGGAUCAACCGGAAAAGAAAUAGAGGUUCCAUGUCCGGGUGACUUGGUUGGUACUAUAACAGUUAAAUGUGAAGCUGGAAAAUGGCAACAACAGGGCACACAAAAUUGUGUGCCAAAGAUCAUUGCAGAACUGAGUAAUCAAGCUCAGAAUUUAAAAGAGGAAAAUGUCGGACUAUUUGUGGCUGAUCUCAGCAAUGCUACUACAUCAAAUUCUGCUCAGAUAACAGACUCAACUGAGGCUGUACUGAAAAUUGCAGAGAUUCUUAAAAUAAUUGACAAUACAAUAAGCACACUUCCAGUGAACAAACCCAUUAUGACGUCUUUCCUUACCACAAUGGAUAUCAUUGGAUCACCAGAAACAAAUGGCACAUGGACAGAGUUGAACAAAGACCCUAAAAGUGAAAAUAUAAGCUCUCAACUUCUGAAGUCUGUUGAGAGUAUGGGAAGUAAACUUUCAAAUGAAAGCAUUGAGAUAACAACUGCAACAUCCCACCUUAAAAGAAGAAAUUUUAGUCAGUCAUUUAAUGAAAAUAUUAAUUCUACACAAAUAGAUAUUCCAGGAACUAACAGAUCAACCUUUAUUACUGCCAUAGUUUUCACAGCUCUAAGUAAAGUCUUGCCUGUUCGAACUUCAACAAUGUCUUUGAAUGACAGCAGCAAGGCUGGUGUUAUCAUCAAUGGAGACGUGGCUGCAGUGCUUGUGGACAAUUAUAUUAACAACAUCUCUCUUACCUUUGACAUUCAAAAUCCAAAUGGAACAUUGGGAAACCCUCAAUGUGUUUUCUGGAACUUCAAUCUUCUGGAUGGGAUUGGAGGAUGGGACUCGACUGGAUGUGAAGUGAAGACUGAUGUGAACAGUACUGACCAGGUUACGUGUGAGUGCAACCACACAACUUCAUUUUCAAUCCUCAUGUCACCAUUUGUGUUAAAUCAUGUCAUCUUAGACUAUAUAACUUACAUUGGAGUCGGCAUUUCGAUUAUCUGCCUGAUUCUGUCCCUCAUCAUCGAAGGCAUUAUUUGGAAAUCAAUGACAAAUAAUGACACUGCCUACAUGCGACACGUCUCCAUAGUCAACAUUGCUCUGUCCCUCCUGAUAGCGGACGUAUGCUUUUUAAUUGGAGCAGGUAUUGUGGAAAAAGGAGAGCUGGCACCAGUUGGGCCGUGCAGUACAGCCACCUUCUUCAUGCACUUCUUUUAUCUGGCUCUUUUCUUCUGGAUGUUGCUCUCUGCACUCUUGCUUCUUUAUCGGACUGUUGUGGUCUUUGCUGGAAUGUCCAAGACCAAGAUGAUGAUCAUAGCCUUCACUGUUGGUUAUGGAGCCCCGUUAUUAAUAGCUGUCAUCACUGUGGCAGCGACAGCUGGACAGCAAGGAUACAUCGUUGAAAGGAGUGCUUGUUGGCUCAACUGGGAUAAAACUAAAGCCUUUUUGGCGUUUGUGAUUCCCGCACUCACUAUUGUGGUGAUAAACCUUGUUGUGCUGAUUGUGGUUUUAUGGAAGAUGUUACGGCGUGGAGUUGGAGCCACCACUCAGCCAGAUGAGAAACAUACCAUAGUGGUUAUUGCCAAAUGUGUGGCCAUUCUAACACCUCUGUUCGGUCUGACCUGGGGAUUCGGCAUCGGGACCAUGGUGUCGGGUCUAUUAGGGAUUCACAUAGUCUUCGCGAUCCUCAACUCACUGCAGGGCUUAUUUAUUUUGGUGUUUGGAAUAUUACUGGACAAAAAGGUAUGUACUGUAUUUCAGCAAAUCUACCUACCUAUGGUAUAAAUACUGUGAACUAAUAAACCAGUAACCUAUAGAAUUGCAUAUUAACAACUAAUUAUCUUUUCUUGUGAUUACAGGUCCGAGACACAUUGAGAGGAAAAUUGUCCCUUGUGGCUAACAUUUCCUCUAACCUCACCGGGAGUACUAGUGCCGGACAUUCAACUUCCAGGCGUCAGAGAAAUGCAUACAACGUAACAGGAAGCAGGGGUGCAGCUUCAUCUUCAAGCAACUCGGAUACAUAUAUCAACACUUGAGCUUGUUAAACACUUGUCUGUCUAAAACAUAACAGCUUUUCAAAAAUGUGAAAAUUUCCAUACUUGUGUUGAAAAUUAAUAACAUAUAUUGUAUGAUGUGGGUGGUGGUUGUUUUGUCUUGAGAAUCCUGUGUUAUUUUUAUGAUGGAACGUAAUUCCUAUUGCUAUUAAUGAAUUGAAAUUUUACCCAGUAUGACCGGAAUUACCCCACCUUUCCUGAUUCCAUCUGCUUUUGCUUUUAUUUUUUUUUAGAUUAUUUUUAAGAAGAGGUGCAGCUAAAUAUAAGGAUGCAAUUGCAGAUAUUGUACCUUAAACCAUUAACCAACUAAACUGUACAAAAUGGUAAAAUAUAUAAACCUUCACACUUCCAAUAUACCCAAAUAAAUAAAACAAUGCUUUUAACUGUG